AAUACCAUGGCUUGGGUCAGGUGCAGUUUAGUCCUUAAAGUGACAUCUUUGCUUUUAAACACUUUAAAGAGGUCUUUUGCAGCAGAUUUGCCUAGAAAAUUUAGCAUGUAUUAUAACUAUGUUAAAAAAUACUUUGUGUUUAUUUGUAAAACUGAGUUAGGGGCUAGACUGAGAUAAUAAAAAACAUUUAAAAGUCACAUGAAACACGUCUUCACUGUGCAGAACUGUCCACACAAAUGUUGCAGGAUGACUAACAUGCCUGACCUCUGUUAGUGGCACAUACUGAUCAUGACAAUAAAAAGACUUCAGAGAGUGGUCCUGUCCCUGUUGGGCUGACAAGAGUUAUGUCUGCCAGAUGGAAAAGCAGGGUAGUCUGGCAGAAGAGUAAUUGGCUGGCUGGCCUUAUCCAAAGAGUUCAGCUCCUUGGAAGGGAUGUUUCUAGUAGCUUCCCUACUUAUCUACAGAGGAGUACCAAAGGCUGUUGGACAUUGGUCAUUAAGCUAUUUGGAUUAAAUGUCCUCUUAAGCUCCUUCCAACCAUAAGAUCUUCUGUUUCUCAAUAAUGAUGUUUCUGAUCCUCCUAAUUGUUGUUUUUUUGUUUUUAUUGAGGAAACAUAAUUGCACUGAGAAGUGUUGACAAAGAUGCCCAGCAGUGCUGUGAUUAUUUUCUGCGACCUUUUCCAUUCUAAACCCUCUGCCUAAGCAUUCCUGUUCUUUCUCUGGGUUGAGCCACUGCUGACCCUCCCUUUCUUGUGGGGAACCCACUGCAUAGUGACAGCCAGAAACUGGGAGACUGCUAUAGUCCAUGCCAACUUUCUCAGCCUGCAGUAGAAAUCUCCUUCAUAAUUAAAAAAAAAUUUAUUGUGGUAAAAUAUUUAUCAGUGACCUUAUAUUCACAAUGUUGUACACUGUGUUGUAAAAAUCACCACUAUUUAUUUCCAAAACUUUUUCAUCACCUAAAUAGAAACUCUAUACCCAUUAAGCAAUAUAUAACUCCGUAGUUCACCUACUCCCAGCCCCUGGUAACCACUAAUCUACUUUUCUGCCUAUGUGCAUUUGCCUGUGUUAGGUAUUUCAUGUAAGUGAGAUGAUACAAUAUUUGUCUUCAUAAUUUUAAAGUGACUCAUUUUACCCAACAUCACAUGUAGGAUACAGAGAAUGAGUAUAGAUCAUAAGAGUGAGUGUGUGUGUGUGUUGAAGUUUUUGUUGUUAAUCCAGUUUGAUUUUCUUUUUGGAAUCAAUUCCUGAAAGUUUAGAAUUGAAUUUGUCUGACUAAUACAAAGUUUUAUUUUUUAUUUAAGGGUGUUUCUGAUGCUUGGAAGCUAUUCUUUCAGCCACAAAGAUGGUAAUAAAUCUUUGCCUUCCACAGUUCAGACCAAGAAUUCACUGCAACAAGAUAUCAGCUGAUGGUUAUGAAGUAGAAAAUCUCAUCUCUGAAGACCUCACAAAGAGAAGUCGUGGUUUUAGGACAGAGUAUUUCAUUAAGCCACCAGUCUAUGUGACAGUUUCUUUUCCCUUUAAUGUGGAAAUCUGUAGGAUUAACAUAGACCUCACAGCUGGGGGAGGCCACAAUGUCACUGGCCUGGAAAUGUACACGUCUGCCUUACCCAGCAGAGCAUCUUGGUGUACCCACGAGUGUCAGACCCCAGGCCCAGCUGAGCCAUCCAUCCCAGAGAAAGAGGCGUUCACCUUGGUAGGCAAAGUCUUGUUGAAAAACCAGAGCCAAGUGGUGUUUAACCACAGGGGCUUCAAGGCCAGGGCACCUUUUGGCCCAGCGGAAGCCACACUCCCCUCUCCUGCUAUUGUGGCCCAGGAGCUCUGGAAUAAAGGGGCUAUUUCCCUUAGCUAUGUGGCCCAUCUCAAGAUCUGUAUCACCCACGUGACAGGCAGCAGUAUCCCAUGCAUCAAGCGGUUGGAAGUGUGGGGUCAACCAGCCAAAACUUGCUCCCAGGAGGUGAUAGACAGUGUCCUGCUGGUUGCCUCAGAGAGCCUCCCUCAGGGCUUGGCUCUGCAGGCCCCGGCCUUGCCCAUGGAGAGUGACUGUGACCCUGGGGGCCAGUCUGAGUGCCACCAGGCCCCCUCUAGCCUGCAGGAGCUGGCUGAGGUAAUUCAGGAUGUGCCUGAGGAGUUCUUGGAUCCCAUCACCCUGGAGAUCAUGCCUUGUCCCAUGUUGCUACCCUCAGGCAAGGUCAUCGACCAGAGCACACUGGAAAAGUGUAACCGCAGUGAAGCUGCGUGGGGCCGGGUACCCAGCGACCCUUUCACGGGGGUAGCCUUUACUCUACACUCUCAGCCUCUGCCUCACCCCUCCCUGAAGGCCCGGAUUGACCAUUUCCUGCUCCAGCACUCCAUCCCUGGCUGCCACCUGCUUGGAAGAGCACAGACUGCAGUGGCGGCAACCCCUUCUUCCAUCGUUACGCCUUCUCGGAAAAGGAAGAUGGAACAGGCUGAACAAGCCCCAGACAGUAGCCUUGGUAUAAAUGCUUCCUGUUUUUCUGCCACAAGCCCUCUGGUCUCACCCACUACCUCAGAGCACACCGCUAAGAAAAUGAAAGCUGCCAGUGAGCUUGGCCUGACGCACAUGGACUGCUCAACAGGUCCAAUAUCCCAUGAGCAGAAGCUGUCACAAAGCUUGGAAAUUGCCGUGACAUCGACCCUUGGCUCCAUGCCCUCUUUCACAGCUCGGCUGACCAGGGGACAGCUCCAGCACCUUGGCACAAGAGGGAGCAACUCUUCUUGGAGGCCAGGCGCCAGCUUGGCCUGGGAGCAGCCUGGGCCCCGAGUGCGCCACCUGCAAAAGAGUGUUCUCUCCCUACUUCAGAAAGGAGCCCGUGUACCAACUUCCCUGUGGCCACCUUCUGUGCCGGCCCUGCCUGGGUGAGAAGCAGCGGUCCUUGCCCAUGACGUGCACAGUCUGCCAGCGGCCAGCUGCCAGCCAGGAUGUGCUGCGGGUCCACUUCUGAGUGACCAACCUCAACAAGAGAAGACCCAUCGCUGGGAGGAGUCACAGCUCCCGAGGUCUGGCCAGGUGCUAGGCACAGAGUAGGGUGCGAGUGGGUCCCUGAGCUGCCUUUUCUUUCCCAGGGGUCUUUUCCUUCAUCACCUCAUACCGUGUAACACACGAGGGUUGCGCGAGGGGACAUGACCCUCCUGCUCCAAGUGGCAACAGGAUAACAAAGCCAUAGCUUGUGCUAGGAGGGGUGAGGGAGCUGUCCCUGCUCUCCUGUGCCUCCCUGCCAGUCCCCCUGCCAGACCUCAGGGCCUACUGGAGCCAGCCCCACCCUGGGCAGGAUCACCCUGCUGAGGGCCCCUGAGUUGUCUGCACACACCCCUUCAGGCUUGUCUGCACACCCCCUCCAGCGGGGCAGUCAUGAGCAGAGCGCAGUACGCUGCGGCUCGGGACCUAUAGGAGCACCUCCGCCUUCAGAGUGUCACCCCGAAGUGAACCAUGCAGGGGUCUGUGGGUGAGUGACUCAUCCCCCCACUGGGAGACCACUCCGAGCCUUAAUAA